AUGGAGGGCGCGAUGGCAGUGCGGGUGACGGCCGCUCAUACGGCAGAAGCCCGGGCCGAAGCCGGGCGGGAAGUGGGCGAGGGCGGGGUUGCGGCGGCAGCGGCCUUGGCUCCCGGAGGCUUUCUUGGCCUCCCGGCGCCCUUCAGCGAGGAAGAUGAGGACGAUGUGCACAGAUGCGGCCGCUGCCAGGCAGAGUUCACGGCCUUGGAGGACUUUGUUCAGCACAAGAUUCAGAAGGCCUGCCAGCGGACCCCUCAGGAGGCCCUGCCUGCCACCCCUGCCACUGCCGCCACAUUGCUGGGCCAGGAGGUGGUGCCGGCAGCGGCAGGCCCAGAGGAGCCCAUCACCGUGGCCCACAUUGUGGUGGAGGCAGCCUCUCUGGCCGCAGACAUCAGCCACACGCCUGAUCUUGUUGACGGUGGGCACAUCAAAGAAGUCAUCGUGGCUGCUGAAGCGGAGCCGGUGGACAACGAGACAGCAGAGGCUCUGGGCAGCCCCAGCCGGCAGGGGCAGGGGCUCGGGCACACUGGGGAGGGCGAGCAGGCCCAGGUCAAGCUGCUGGUGAACAAGGACGGCCGCUAUGUGUGCAUGCUGUGCCACAAGACCUUCAAGACGGGCAGCAUCCUCAAGGCACACAUGGUCACCCACAGCAGCCGCAAGGACCAUGAGUGCAAGCUGUGUGGGGCCUCCUUCCGGACCAAGGGCUCGCUCAUCCGGCACCAUAGGCGGCACACGGACGAGCGCCCGUAUAAGUGUGCCAAGUGUGGGAAGAGCUUCCGGGAGUCGGGUGCACUGACCCGGCACCUCAAGUCUCUUACCCCAUGCACAGAAAAAAUCCGCUUCAGCAUGAGCAAGGACGUGGCUGUCAGCAAAGAGGACACGCCUGCAGGGUCCGGCACCUCCACCAUGGGGACAGUUACGUCAUCAUCAGUGACAGGCGAGCCCAUGGAAACAUCACCCGUGAUUCAUCUGGUGACAGAUGCCAAAGGCACCGUCAUCCAUGAAGUCCAUGUCCAGAUGCAGGAGCUGCCCCUGGGCAUGAAAGCCCUGGCCCCAGAGCCCUCAGGCCCUGAGGAGCUUCCCUGUCCUGGCGAGGGCAGCCGUGAGAACCUGCUGCACCAGGCCAUGCAGAACUCUGGCAUUGUCCUCGAGCGGGUCGCUGGGGAGGACGGUGCCCUGGAGCCAGCCCCUCCUGCAAGGUCCAGUCCCCAGCCCCUGGGAGAGGGAGCCCCGGAACUGCCACUGCUGGAGGUGGAGCAGAUGGAGACACAGGUGGCCAGUGAGGCCUCAGCUGUGCCCAGGACUCACCCGUGCCCUCAGUGCAGUGAGACCUUCCCAACAGCAGCCACCCUGGAGGCCCACAAGAGGGGCCAUGCAGGGCCGAGGCCGUUCACCUGUAUGCAGUGUGGCAAGGCCUUCCCCAAGGCCUACCUGCUCAAGAAGCACCAGGAGGUGCAUGUGCACGAGCGCCGCUUCCGCUGCGGCGACUGUGGGAAGCUGUACAAGACCAUCGCCCACGUGCGUGGCCACCGGCGUGUCCACUCGGACGAGCGGCCCUACCCUUGCCCCCAGUGUGGCAAGCGCUACAAGACCAAGAACGCCCAGCAGGUGCACUUCCGGACACACCUGGAGGAGAAGCCACACGUGUGCCAGUUCUGUGGCCGAGGCUUCCGGGAGAAGGGCUCGCUGGUGCGGCACCUGCGGCACCACACGGGCGAGAAGCCCUUCAAGUGCUACAAGUGCGGCCGCGGUUUCGCCGAGCAUGGCACGCUCAACCGGCACCUGCGCACCAAAGGGGGCUGCCUGCUGGAGGUGGAGGAAUUGCUGGUGUCAGAGGAGAGCCCUGCGGCGGCUGCCACCGUCCUUACGGAGGACCCACACACCGUGUUGGUGGAGUUCUCAUCCGUGGUGGCUGACACCCAGGAGUAUAUCAUCGAGGCCACUGCAGAUGAUGCAGAGACCAGUGAAGCCACGGAGAUCAUUGAGGGCACUCAGACGGAGGUGGACAGCCACAUCAUGAAGGUGGUGCGGCAGAUCGUGCACCAGGCCAGUGCUGGGCACCAGAUCAUUGUGCAGAAUGUGACCGUGGACCAGGAGGCAGGGCUGGGGCCGGAGGCAGCUGCCACUGACACCAUCACCAUUGCCACCCCUGAGAGCCUGACGGAGCAGGUGGCCAUGACGCUGGCCUCGGCCAUCAGCGAGGGCACCGUGCUUGCAGCCCGCACAGGUGCAAAUGGUGCCGAACAGGCCACUGUGACCAUGGUUUCAUCAGAGGACAUUGAGAUCCUGGAGCAUGCGGGCGAGCUGGUCAUUGCCUCGCCAGAGGGCCAGCUCGAGGUGCAGACUGUCAUCGUCUAGCACGGGGGCCUGUGGGUCACAGUUGGGCUGGGGCAGGGGCUGGACUGCUGAAGAUAAGAAGGCACAGAAUUCAGGCGUCCAGAAGACAUGGGGGAGUGUACAUACGCAGUUUUUUGUUUCUUUACAAUAAAACAUG